CAGAGAAGCCCCAGCCUCCCACCCGCGCACAACUCCUCUCCUCUCUGCACCAGAAAGGAGCAAUCUCAUCUCUCCUUGUCUUUUAUGUCCUCGCUCACUCUCUGUCAGUUAGUGUGUGUACUCAGAAUGAGGUUAGCAGCACCAGCAGCAGCAGUAGAUAGAGACAGCAGAGGCACAGUUACUGCAGCAGCCAGGAGAGGCUGUCCUUCAGCUGUGCACCAUCUACUGCUGCAUUCACCCCUGCCCUGAGAACACAACGCUCAUUCCUCUGCUCUCUCUCUCUGUUUCUUCCUGCUCCUUCUCUCACCUCUCUGAAUUCAUUUCUGGAAUUCGACACCCUCUCUUUUCUUCCUCUUUCUCUGUAGCAGUGAUGGGGAGGACCACCACGUAGAGACCGAGAGGCAACAAAGGCAAAAGCAGAAGAGCAGUAAUGGGAAGCCACACAUGGAGCGGGUCUGGACUGCAGCCGUGGUGAGCCUGAGAGCUACAGGACCUGAGACCAUCAUCAUUGCCCUCCUCAGGACCUAACCACUUGGGCUGUCCAGCACCUGGAUGCUCCCCAUUUGUGAUUUGCCACCCCCUUUCCUUCCCCUGUACCGUUGCUCUCUUUCCUGGACUUUAGUUUUCUUUUUUUUAGUGUCAUUUUUGGUCUGUUAAAAUAAAAAACAGAGGCGUCUCAUACUUGGAUUUUUUUUUUCUUUUUGUAAUAAUCUUUAUCCCCAAGAAUUACUUGCAUUUUCUUCUUUUUUUAGUCAUCAUUGCCUUCUUGAAAUUAUUUUUAGAUUUUUUUUUUAAAUCAGACUGAGCUCUGUUGUGCAAUUUUUCUUCAAUAAGCAAUAACAAACACUAAUCCAACUGACUUGAAAGCUGACACAAUGGGGGACAUGUCCAAUAGCGAUUUUUAUGCCAAGAACCAAAGAAAUGAGGACAACCAUGCGGCUGGCUUUGGCUGCUCUGUUAUGGAGCUGCGAUCGUUGAUGGAGCUUCGUGGCACAGAGGCAGUGGUCAAGCUCCAAGAGGACUAUGGGGCAGUGGAAGGACUGUGCAAGCGAUUGAAAACCUCACCCACUGAAGGUCUUGCAGGUGUUCAAACGGACCUGGACAAAAGAAGAGAACUAUUUGGUAAAAACCUGAUACCUCCAAAAAAGCCAAAAACAUUUCUACAGCUGGUAUGGGAAGCACUGCAGGAUGUCACCCUCAUCAUCCUGGAGAUUGCUGCUCUAAUAUCCCUGGGCCUCUCCUUCUACCACCCUCCCGGGCAGACCGGUGGAGAUGCAUGCGGUGCAGCAGCCGGUGGAGUGGAGGAUGAGGGUGAGGCAGAUGCAGGCUGGAUCGAGGGUGCUGCCAUCCUCUUGUCCGUAGUGUGUGUAGUUCUGGUGACAGCCUUCAACGACUGGUCGAAGGAGAAGCAGUUCCGUGGACUGCAGAGCCGCAUCGAGCAGGAGCAGAAGUUUCAGGUGGUCCGUGGAAGCCAGGUCAUACAGCUGCCUGUUGCCGACAUUGUAGUUGGGGACAUUGCACAGAUUAAAUACGGUGAUCUGCUUCCUGCUGAUGGAGUGUUGAUCCAGGGCAAUGACUUAAAAAUUGAUGAGUCAUCGCUGACUGGAGAAUCCGAUCACGUCAAGAAGUCCGCAGACAAGGACCCCAUGUUGUUAUCUGGGACCCAUGUUAUGGAGGGGUCAGGACGUAUGGUGGUGACUGCAGUUGGUGUCAACUCACAGACUGGAAUCAUAUUUACCCUUCUUGGGGCUGGUGUUGAGGAAGAGGAGAAGAAAGAGAAGAAAGGAGAGGCAGUGGAGGAUGGACAUCAGAACACAGGUAAAAUGCAAGAUGGCAAUAUGGAGAGCAACCAGAUUAAAGUGAAGAAGCCGGAUGGAGCAGCUGCCAUGGAAAUGCAACCUCUGAAGAGUGCUGAAGGCGGGGAGGCCGAUGAGAAGGAGCGGAAAAAGGUGUCAGCUCCAAAGAAAGAGAAGUCUGUGCUCCAGGGGAAGCUGACCAAACUAGCUGUCCAGAUCGGCAAAGCAGGUUUGCUCAUGUCAGCCAUUACUGUAAUCAUCUUGGUCCUGUAUUUUGCCAUCAACAACUUUGUGAUGGAAAAGCGUCCUUGGAUGACAGAGUGUACUCCCAUCUACAUCCAGUAUUUUGUGAAGUUUUUCAUCAUUGGUGUGACUGUGUUGGUGGUGGCUGUUCCAGAGGGCCUCCCACUGGCUGUGACCAUAUCCUUGGCAUACUCAGUCAAGAAAAUGAUGAAAGACAACAAUCUUGUGCGUCACCUGGAUGCUUGUGAAACAAUGGGCAAUGCAACCGCCAUCUGCUCCGACAAGACAGGCACGCUAACCACCAACCGCAUGACAGCCGUGCAGUGUUAUAUAGGAGAUGUGCACUACAAAGAAAUUCCAGACCCUGGUGUAAUCCCACCCAGAUCCCUGGAUUUACUGAUCAAUGCCAUUUCUAUCAACAGCGCCUAUACCACGAAGAUACUGCCUCCAGAUAAGGAAGGUGGUCUACCCAAGCAAGUUGGAAACAAGACAGAAUGCGGACUCUUGGGAUUGGUCCUGGAUCUGAAACGGGACUACCAGCCAAUAAGAAACCAGAUCCCAGAGGAGAAGCUUUAUAAAGUCUACACCUUCAACUCUGUCAGAAAAUCAAUGAGCACUGUAAUCAAACUUCCUGAAGGGAGCUUCCGAAUGUACAGCAAGGGAGCCUCUGAAAUUGUUCUCAAGAAAUGCAGUCACAUUCUGAAUGAAGUUGGUGAGGCCAGAGUUUUCCGGCCUAGAGACAAGGAUGAGAUGGUGAAGAAGGUGAUUGAGCCCAUGGCCUGUGACGGUCUGAGGACCAUCUGUGUGGCGUACCGUGACUUUGCCAGUGAUCCUGAGCCCAAAUGGGAUGAUGAAAACAACAUCCUCACUGACCUUACAGCCAUCUGCGUUGUGGGAAUCGAGGAUCCUGUCAGACCAGAGGUUCCCGAUGCUAUUCAGAAGUGUCAGCGUGCAGGCAUCACUGUACGCAUGGUGACAGGUGACAACAUAAACACAGCCAGAGCCAUAGCCAUCAAGUGUGGCAUCAUCCAUCCAGGAGAGGAUUUCCUCUGCAUUGAUGGCAAAGAGUUCAACCGGAGGAUCCGUAAUGAGAAAGGCGAGGUGGAACAGGAGCGUAUUGACAAGGUGUGGCCUAAACUCCGAGUCCUGGCCAGAUCAUCCCCAACAGAUAAACACACACUUGUCAAAGGAAUUAUUGACAGCACUAUGGCAGAUCAGAGGCAGGUGGUUGCUGUGACAGGAGAUGGCACCAACGAUGGACCGGCCUUAAAGAAAGCUGAUGUCGGGUUUGCAAUGGGUAUCGCUGGUACAGAUGUGGCUAAAGAAGCUUCAGACAUUAUUCUCACUGAUGAUAACUUCAGCAGCAUCGUCAAGGCAGUGAUGUGGGGCAGGAAUGUGUAUGACAGCAUUUCCAAGUUUCUUCAGUUCCAGCUUACUGUCAAUGUUGUGGCUGUCAUUGUUGCUUUCACUGGAGCCUGCAUCACACAGGACUCUCCACUUAAAGCAGUGCAGAUGUUGUGGGUUAACCUGAUUAUGGACACUUUUGCAUCUCUGGCCUUGGCGACGGAGCCCCCCACAGAGGCCCUGUUGAGGAGAAAACCGUAUGGUCGCAAUAAGCCUCUUAUCUCCAGCACAAUGACCAAGAAUAUCCUGGGACAUGCCGUCUAUCAGCUCAUUCUCAUCUUUACACUGCUGUUUGCUGGUGAGAAAAUCUUUGACAUCGACAGUGGUCGUAACGCUCCUCUCCAUUCUCCUCCAUCCGAGCACUACACCAUCAUAUUCAACACGUUUGUAAUGAUGCAGCUGUUUAAUGAGAUAAAUGCUCGGAAAAUACACGGAGAGAGGAAUGUCUUUGACGGAAUCUUCAGAAACCCAAUUUUCUGCUCCAUCGUUUUUGGCACAUUUGCCAUACAGAUUGUGAUUGUGCAGUUUGGAGGGAAGCCAUUCAGCUGUCAACCUCUGAGCCUGGAAAAAUGGUUGUGGUGUGUUUUUCUGGGGCUGGGAGAACUGGUCUGGGGACAGGUGAUUGUCACCAUACCCAACAGCCACCUGCGCUUCCUGCGUCGGGCGGGCCAGUUGACUCACAAAGAUGAACUACCAGAGGAAGACGUAAACGAAGAGAACGAGGAGAUUGACCAUGCAGAGAGGGAAUUACGGAGAGGUCAAAUACUUUGGUUCAGAGGUUUAAACCGCAUCCAGACUCAGAUUCGAGUUGUGAAUGCAUUCCGUAGCUCCCUCUAUGAAGGCCUGGAAAAACCCGACUCCAGAACAUCCAUACACAACUUCAUGACACACCCUGAGUUUAGGAUAGACGACUCCACGCCUAGCAUCCCCCUCAUCGACGACACAGAUGAUGAUUCGGCCCGGAGGAGGACGAAGUACUCCAGCCAGCCUUCGUCUCCUAACAAGAACAACAACGCCAUUGAUAGUGGCAUCAACCUUACCAUCGACAUCAGUAAAUCUGCCGCCUCCUCCAGCCCCGCCAGCCCUCUCCACAGCCUGGAGACCAGCCUCUAACCCCCGUCCUGAACGCCGCAGUGACCACUCACGUUGUUCCCUCAUGGUCCGGGAGCGCCUCGUCCAGCUCUCCCAUACCGUAAUUUGUUACUUCUACCACUACUUGACACAUGGCCACUCAGUUCUCGCCUUCCCCUCCACCCAGCGCACCAUGUUUCACCACUGACACAGAUCUCGUCCAUCUCCCUCUUGUAAGCUAAAGCCAAUAAUGCUCUCGCUUCCGUUCAUCAUCGAGCGAAUCCUUGUGAAAUGACAAGAAUAAAAAGAAAAACACAAUCCAAAAAGCUCCGCAAAGCUACACGACCUACACAGCCAUCCUGCUUUUGUGGUUGCAUGUGUAUGGUGGCAGCCUUGAUGGUGUGUAUGACACUAUGCUUGUACCGGUUAGCAUGUACUGUAUAAACGUGCAGCUGUCUGCACGUUGCGUAUGAACUGUGUCCGCAGCGACACCUGGAGGAGGACGAGGAGGAGGGAGACUGCCGAGGAGUGCAGAGUGCAAACAGACUUUAUACUCUCCUUAAACUCCUUCUCUUCAAUAAUAACAUUGUUAACAGAGAUACAGUAAUAGUUUAAAUUAAAUUAAAAACCAUUGUUAUUAUUCUGAGUCUGAUUAUUCUUGUUAUUAUUCUUAUUGAUCCUGCAUGAAUGUACAUUACCCAAGUUUUAUUUAAAAAGGGUUUUAAUUUUAUUGGAGUUGUUUGGUUCUGAUGGGCUGAGCAUCGCAGCGGACUACACAUGUAAAGAAAGCUUCUCUGAGUCCUCCCUCCCUCCUCUGUGUGGCAUGAACAUGUACCGGACUCUUAAAUAAUUUUUAAAAAAAUGACAUACUCCAUAAGCAGAAAUGUGUAUCGAGGUGGUAGGGCUGAACUUGCACAGUAGUUUUGCACCUGAUGGAAAAAGAGAAAUGCAAAAUAUUAAUAAUAAUAAUGAUGACGAUAGCAUUUAUGGGAUAUAUUCUAUACAUAUAAAUUCAUAAAAUCUAUUUAGAGAGAGUUUAUCUUUGUUUGUUGGCAUGUUGCCUUGUUUCCGCUUCAAUGGCUUAAAUUACUUUGACUUAUUUAUGUCUUAAACAGAAUGUAAUUGUUUACAACCUCGUAGAGAUGAAUUUCCUGGUUUCUUAGAGGAGGUGAGCUCAGAAUUUUGUUGCUGUGUUAUUACGGGAAAAACCAUGUGCUGAAACUUGCCUGCUAUAUUGUCAAAUAAUGUAGAUAUUUUUAGAGGAUAAACGAGAAGAAACCAAAAUAUAAUGGGAUGCAUAGUACAGUACAUGUGGAAUCUUAGUAUUACUCUUUAUGAUUGUUGGGAUCUAAUAAGAGCGGCUUGCCUUUGGUUUUUCCUAACGAAGGCCUCCUUUUUAUGAGAGAGGAGGAUAUUUGAUUUGAUUAGAUUUUUUUUUUAUUAAUUAUGGUUUAUUUUUGCUUUGCUUUAAUGCUGACCUGGAGUCAGUGCUUGUAUAAAAGGUUGAUAUCAGGACCUUUUUAUUUAACUGUCGUCUAGGUAAACCUGCUUGUUCAAAGGACUUGAUGUUUUAAAGAUGUAUGUGACCAUCAAAAGGCUGCAAUCCAGUCAUUUUUAGAAAUUUGUUUCAAACUUGCAAUAUAUUGUGCUGAUAUUUUCUAAUUUAUUUUUGAUUUUUUUUUUUUUUUUAAAGCUUCUUUUCAUCUAGACACAAGCAGCCCCUAAAUGCUGUUGGCAUUUUUAACAUCUAAAGAAAAAGGAAAAACUGAUUUAAAAAAAACAAACAAAACUAAUAACAACAAAAAUGGAAUGUUGCUUUGACUCUUUUUCUAUAUAUAUACAUAAACGAUUUCCUGCACUAUCUGGUUAUGAAUGAAAACUUCUGUGGUGUAACUCUAGAUGUGCUUUUGUGUGUUUUAACCAAGCUUGUCUUCCUGCCGUCACAGAAUAUACAGUACUCUUAGCAUCUCAACUGUACUCACUAGUUGUAAACUAUUUAUUGUACUUUGACCAAUCAGACAUUAUCAGAAGUCGCAUACAGAAGGCACAUGUAUCCAUUUUUUGCACUCAGAAGGACAAGGCCACUUAACUAGCCUCUAGUAUUAUUACUCUACCUAACCGAAGUCAGUGGCAAGCAUGAUGUCAUAAAGUAGGCUCAUUAUGCAACUUGAAGAAUUUUUUUUUUUCGUUUUUAACAUAAAUUAAAAACUAUUCUGUAGACGAUGUAAACAAUCAUUUCUCUGAGCAGCUUUAUCCUUUUUUGUUUGUUUUUGCAUCCUCCUCCUCCUCCUCUGUCAUUGUUCAGCCAAUCCGUUUAUCUGAAGAGGGUGCACAAGCUUUACUGGUCAGCUCAGGCAUGUCGAAAAACAUCUGAAUAAAGUCUGUCUUAUUUAAUUUGAAAGAAAACAGUCUGGGUUCUGAUAUUUACCUUAGAAGUUCUUAAUUUAUUUUGCUAUUUUUUCUGGUGUUUGCCUUUUUUGUUUGUCUGUAAAAUUAAAAACGAUAAAUGAAACAAAUAAAAAAACACAUAGAUAUGGCAUUUUCCGUAUAUAAAAAAAGACUUAAGCCAACAUUCUCGAACCAUUUUUACAUCGAGGAGGACUUUCAGCUUUAAGAAACUGAAGUUAAACUGAUUCUUGUAAAUAGAGUUAUGGGUCCACUGAGGACAGAAAUGUUGAAAACAUGAACUCCUCCUGAUUACGUCAUGCAACUCAAUGAGUCAUACUGAUGACGCGGCACUUUGGCUGUUUGUAAUCAAUCACCGCUCCUGUCAGAGACACAUCCAAAUCAUAAUGUGUUGUAACGACCUGCCAUUAUGUUUAUGAUGACACCCAUCAUGAUGAUGAUAUCAAUGAUACUUUUUUUGCAAUAUACUCACCUGCCUCGAUGUACUGUAUUUAGCAGCAUGCAGUUUGUGGAACAAAGAAAAAGAGAAAUGCCAACAGAUAGCUUUUUGGCAUACUUAGCCAUUCAUGGGUAAGUGAAUUAAGUGUUCAUCUUGUUUUUAUGAUAUUUUUUUUAUCUAUACAAUAAUUGUAAAUAAAGAACUCAAUGUCUUUGUUCAUUUAAUACUAUGCAAAAAGUCAUGCUUUUCUGAUUGUUAAUCCCCUCAGUUGUAGAGUGUGUUGCUGGAAUGUUUGUGGUUUCAAAAAUCAGUAAAAAAUAAUGUGAUGUAAAUUAUUUUUUAGCCUGACAAAAAGUAAAAAUGAUGCUGAGAAUUCUUAGAAUACGGUGAAACGGAUUUUAUAGUGGUGAUGACUAUGAUGAUGGACUGUGACUCCUGCUGCUUGACUGACCCAUUUAUCACUCUACUUACAGGAGCACCAGUGAAAACAUAAUCAUCGUAUUACUAAUAACGGUAAUAAAAAGAAAACUCAUUUAAUAAAUUUCCCAGAGCAGCAUGACUAGCAUGGUGUGUCCUCGCCCCGUGUCACAUGUGCUGUUCUGAUUUUGUCGUGCCUCACUUUGACUUUGUUUUUGCUGUUUACUGAUUUAAGUUAAAAACAUCUCAGAUGUUUUACGGUUGCAAGUUUAUAAUUUGUGAAACUCUAAUCACGAUGAGGCAGCGUAGCAGCAUCUGAAGGAACAAAAAAGUGUCGUCUGAAAUUUUAUCUGUUCUCCUCGCCUCCCCUGCUUGUGUUACUUUGCAGAUCACACAUACAGUAGUUUAAGUGCUCAGAAUGGGCAAGAUUAGAAAUUAGUACAUCAGAUGUGCAUCAUAAAUUAGAGAGGUGUGAUGAAUUUAUAUCUGUAUUAGAUUAUAUUAGGAGUCCUAUAAAUUCAGUCAUGACAUCAUAUUUAAUCUGAAAAUUGAAUACUUUUCUUUUCCUGGGAGCUGCAUACAUUUUACUGAGAACAAGGAGAUUUCUGUUUGUUUCUCAACAUUUUGAAUUUUACAUUAGAAACAAAUUUGAUAAAACGGUAAGAUCAAGAUUUGUUUUUUAUUGCCAGGUAAACAUCUGUUCAAUACCAACAAAACAAAAAACACAUAAAAGAAACACUAACAGAAACUAAUAAAAACAAUAUUAAUUGUAAUCCACACUAUGGAUAAAAACUCAACUAUAAAACAUGCACCUGAAGCAAUAAUUAUAACUAAAAACAUGAUUACCAAGAUCUAAUCACUUUCUGAGAGGCCAACGAAAGGGUUUUAUGCCUUGAUUAAGAAUGAAACCUAACUUUGACCAAAGGGGAAAAGUUGGGAAUGUGAAAGUCGUCAGUUCUUGAAUUACUUUUGUCUCCAGUUAGCUUUGCCAGCAAUAGACAACUGCCACAAUCCAGAGAAAAACUUAAGGUCCAACUCAUUGCACUUUUGCAGAAACACUGUUCCCGCUUAGCAGCAUAUAUGUAGUUAAUACACUCACAUUCUUCAACAAGUCAGCCAUGUUUAGAUGAGCCAUCAAUACAGCAUUUGGAUGUGUUUAAUGAUCUGAGAGGUAAACUGUUGAUAAAAAUAAAUGAAUAAAAUUCU